UGGAAUUGAAGCCGUUCUGUAGCUAUGGCUAGCUUCAGAACGAAUAGGAAGCUCUUUUGGAUCUCGAACGGGUUUAUCGUCAUCUUCUCGGUCAUCUUCAUGGGUGUGGGGUCUGCUACUCUUCAAUAUGGCAAGGCGUUCGCGUCCAAGGUGGAGCAAUAUUGUUCCAACGAAUGUGCGCAGUCGUCGGAACAAGUUGUGGGCUGCAACUGCGAAAGCAGCUCAAAGUCAACGAUCCCCAUGAACUUCUUCUUAGCUCCGUCGAUAGGGGUGAUCGUGAUAGGUGUCCUGCUGUUUCUGUGUGCGAUCCUGGGGUACUCAGGCUCCAUAUGGAUCAGCAGGAAACAGCUAGCAUGCUAUGCUGUUGCCAUGCCGCUCGUCAUCUUGUUGCAAUUCUGCUUCGGGUGCGCAGCUAUUGCUGUAGCGACAGGAAGCAGCGCGUCAGUUGCAGGAGGAUUGUAUGACGUGCUAGACAGCACUGCAGGGAGGAUGUUCGACUGGAGUCAAUUCUCUACGAUCUUCCCAGCAAAAUGUUAUGCAGGUCUGCAGUUGGGGUUCAGUUUCCAUGACGUGUCUUGA